GAUUCACAGCGCCGCGUGCGCCCCGGGCGCGCCGUAGCCUUGGGGCCCCGGCCGGGCGCUACGCUACGGAGGCGGCGCAGGGAGAGGCGCGGGCCGGGCCGGGCCGGGUCGGGCCGGGUCGAGACGCUUGCCGGUUCCGCCACUCAGCGCGGGAGGCCGUCGGGGCAGCGCGCCGGCGGCAGAGGGCCCGCCUGCCCUCCGAGAACAAGUUGUGGGCCGACCGGCGCAGGCGAGCGGGCCCGGGCCGCGGGGACUGAGAAGGCGCCGCGGGGUUGCGGAGCGCGGCCGCCCUGUCUCCAGCGAGGGUGCCCUCCUCAUGCUCCACCUCGCCCACCGCCGCCGGCCACAUGUGACCAGGCCCGGCUCUCAGCGUGGCCACCGUCGCGGGGGCCAUGGGGAGCUCCGCCUCCUCGCUGGCCGCCGAGACAGAGUCCGACCACGGCUUCCCCGGGGGGCCGCCCUACCCGGGGCCCCCGGCAGCGGCCGGCUGGUGUAGGAGUGGCCCCGGGGGGCAUGUGUGGGGCAGCUCCCUGGUCACCCGGCAGCACCAGCCCCCACGUCCCCGGGCCCGAAGCCACACCCACUCGCCCGGGCCCAUGGCUGCGGUUGGAGAGUGGUCCUGCGCCCGCUGCACCUUCCUGAACCCGGCCGGCCAGCGCCAGUGCUCCAUCUGCGAGGCCCCCCGGCACAAGCCCGACCUGGACCAGAUCCUGCGGCUCAGUGUGGAGGAGCAGAAGUGGCCCUGCGCCCGCUGCACGUUCCGCAACCUCCUGGGCAGGGCGGCCUGCGAGGUGUGCGGCUUUGCCCCGGAGCCCGUGCCCGGCACCUCCCUGCUGCCCGUCAUCAACGGGGUCCUGCCCAAGCCCCCCACCAUCCUGCUGGAGCCCCAGGGCGGCUGCAAGGAGGAGGCGGGGCCGGCACGGACAGCAGGGCCACCAGUGGCGGCGGCAGAGGGAGCGGGCGAGGGAGGCGGCUGGGCCUGCCAGCGCUGCACGCUGCACAACACGCCCGUGGCCAGCUCCUGCUCAGCCUGCGGGGGCCCCCGAAAGCUCUCGCUGCCCAGGAUCCCUCCCGAGGCCCUGGUGGUCCCGGAAGUCGUGGCUCCCGCAGGCUUCCCCGUUGCGCCUGCCCCACCCCAGCCCGGGGAGGGCGCCGAGGCUGACCCUCCCUCCGCUGCUGUAGACCAGGAGCCCCCUGGGGGGCCGCCCUUCAGCCCCUUUUCACCUGCCCUCCAGAACAACCCUAUGCCUCGCAGCCGCCGCGAGGUGCCCCCCCAGCUGCAGCCGCCCGUGCCUGAGGCCGCCCAGCCCCCACCCACUGCCGGCUCCAAGGGCCCCCCCCAAGGCCUGGGGCGGACCGGCGGGGCCUCUCGCCUGGCGGAGCUGCUCUCCGGCAAGCGGCUGAGCCUCCUGGAGGAGGAGGCUGCGGCCGAGGGUGGCCCGAUGCUGCGCCCACCUGGCCCUGCCAGCCCUGCCCACUGCGAGGCUGGCGGGGCCAUGCCGGGUGGCGACAUCAUCGACCUGGCCGGUGACACCGUGCGCUACACGCCCGCCAGCCCCUCCAGCCCUGACUUCACCACCUGGUCGUGUGCCAAGUGCACGCUCAGGAACCCCACGGCGGCCCCCCGGUGCACAGCAUGCGGCUGCUCCAAGCUGCACGGCUUCCAGGAGCAUGGCGAGCCCCCCGCCCGCUGCCCCGACUGCAGCGGGGACAGGGCCGGGCCCUGCUCAGUGCACAAGGCCGGCCGCCCCUUGCCCCCGGCGCCGUCCGAGCGCCCGGGCCAGUGGGCCUGCCCCGCCUGCACCCUGCUCAACCCGCCCCGGGCCAAGCACUGUGCCGCCUGCCACACCCCCCAGCUCCUGGUGGCCCAGCGCCGGGUGCCCCUGAGGCGCAGGGAGAGCAUGCACGUGGAGAAGCGGCGGCAGACGGACGAGGGCGAGGCCAAGGCCCUGUGGGAGAACAUCGUGGCCUUCUGCCGGGAGAACAGCGUGAACUUUGUGGACGACAGCUUCCCCCCCGGGCCCAAGUCUGUGGGCUUCCCUGCAGGCGACAGUGUCCAGCAGCGCGUGCGACAGUGGCUGCGGCCCCACGAGAUCAACUGCUCUGUCUUCAGGGACCACAGCGCGUCCUGGUCCGUGUUCCACACUCUCCGGCCCUCGGACAUCCUGCAGGGGCUCCUGGGGAACUGCUGGUUCUUGAGUGCCCUGGCGGUGCUGGCCGAGCGGCCAGACCUGGUUGAGCGGGUGAUGGUCACGCGCAGCCUGUGUGCGGAGGGCGCCUACCAGGUGCGGCUCUGCAAGGACGGCACGUGGACGACGGUGCUGGUGGACGACAUGCUGCCCUGCGAUGAGGCCGGCUGCCUCCUCUUCUCCCAGGCUCAGCGCAAGCAGCUGUGGGUGGCCCUCAUCGAGAAGGCACUGGCCAAGCUGCAUGGCUCCUACUUUGCCCUCCAGGCAGGGCGCGCCAUCGAGGGCCUGGCCACGCUCACCGGCGCUCCCUGUGAGAGCCUGGCGCUGCAGGUCAGCUCCACUAACCCCCGUGAGGAGCCCGUUGACACUGACCUCAUCUGGGCCAAAAUGCUGAGUUCGAAGGAGGCUGGGUUCCUCAUGGGCGCCUCCUGCGGAGGCGGCAACAUGAAGGUGGACGACGUGGCCUACGAGAGCCUGGGCCUGCGCCCCCGCCACGCCUACUCCGUCCUGGACGUGCGUGACGUCCAGGGCUCCAGGCUUUUGCGCCUCCGGAACCCGUGGGGCCGCUUCUCCUGGAAUGGCAGCUGGUCCGAUGAGUGGCCGCACUGGCCAGGGCACCUUCGAAGCGAGCUCAUGCCACACGGCAGCAGCGAGGGCGUCUUCUGGAUGGAGUACAGCGACUUUGUCAGGUACUUCGACUCCGUGGACAUCUGCAAGGUGCACUCAGACUGGCAGGAGGCGCGGGUGCAGGGCUCUUUCCCCUGCUCGGCCAGCGGGCCCGUGGGCGUCACGGCCCUCACGGUGCUGGAGCGCGCGUCCCUGGAGUUCGCCCUCUUCCAGGAAGGCAGCAGGCGCGCCGACUCUGUGGACAGUCACCUCCUGGACCUGUGCGUCCUGGUGUUCCGCGCGUCCUUCGGAGGCGGCGGCCGCCUGAGCCUGGGCCGCCUGCUGGCCCACAGCAAGCGCGCCGUCAAGAAGUUCGUCAACUGCGACGUGAUGCUGGAGCCCGGCGAGUAUGCCGUGGUGUGCUGUGCCUUCAACCACUGGGGCCCCGCGCCCGGCCCACCGGCGGCGCAGGCCUCCAGCCCCUCCACCGGGGUCCCCCGCGGCGCCCCGGAGCCGCCUGGCCACGUGCUUGCCGUGUACAGCUCGAGGCUCGUCAUGGUGGAGCCUGUGGAGGCCCAGCCGACCACGCUGGCCGAUGCCAUCAUCCUGCUCACGGAGAGCAGGGGCGAGCGGCACGAGGGCCGCGAGGGCAUGACCUGCUACUACCUGACGCACGGCUGGGCGGGGCUCAUCGUGGUGGUGGAGAACCGGCACCCUAAGUCUUACCUGCACGUGCAGUGCGACUGCUCUGACAGCUUCAACGUGGUGUCCACCCGGGGCAGCCUGCGCACCCAGGACAGCGUGCCGCCCCUGCACAGGCAGGUCCUGGUGAUCCUGUCCCAGCUCGAGGGCAACGCCGGCUUCUCCAUCACCCACCGUCUGGCCCACCGGAAGGCAGCCCAGGCCUUCCUCAGCGACUGGACCACCUCCAGGGGCAGCCACAGCCCCCCACUCACACCCGAGGUCGCUGGCCUGCACGGUCCCCGUCCGCUGUGACCUCCCUGCCCCCAGCUGCCUGCCCCCACACGCACUUUACGAGGGAGACCCCAACACAGGACGCUUGAACCAGAAUCUCAGGACCCCCCCCCCCCCCAGGGACUGCCGGUGGCGGGGGCGGCUUCCCCUGGGCCUUCCUCCCUGCCCUCCCUCCUGUCCAGGGCCUCCCAGCCUCCACAUGGAAUACCUCCAAGUGGCCUCCAGCUCCAGGGGCUGUGUGCCAGCGCCUCUGACCAGCCGUCCUGGAGGUCUGGCUCGGACUCCCAGAGCCCAGGUGAGGCCCUGAGACCCGAAACCAAAAUCUGGGCAGUUCAGAGGCUGAGACCCCAGGGCGAGAGCAGGGACCACCCCCUUUGUGGGGCGCAGAGGCCGGGACCCCAGAAUGAGAGCAGGGACCACCCCCCCUUGUAGGGUAUGAGAUCAGGAGCCUUUUUCCCCAGUUGGCCCCCAGAACCCAUCUUACCCUGACUCCUCACGAGGCAAGCCGGGGUCCCUGGAGUCCCAGCAGUGUGGCCCAGGAGGCAGGUGCCUGGCGACCUUGGGCUCUGGCAAGGGUGGGGAGGGACACUAUGCAAUGCCUGGCGCGCUAGUCAGGAUCGAAGCCAUGCCUGGCUGCGGUCGGGGCAGCAGGCCAGGUGAGCCCAGGCCAGCCCUGUGCUGGGUGAGGCGGGUGCUCGCCCUCCCCUGCCCUCUGCUGGGAACGAGAGUCUAGGAGAGACCCUGGGCCCGCCCUGCCUGGGCGCGCGCAGGCGCGGCCUCAAGCCCCGCCUGCCUCCGAAGCCCAGCAUUCUCCCUGGGGUUGCUCAGCCCUGAGUUCCCUGUCCGCCUGAGGAUGACGGAGGCCAGCUUCCCGGAGGCCCGCCCGGCCUCACUGCCCUGCGGCCCCCAGGCAGCGGGUGGCCCUGCCCGCAGCCCCUCACUUCCCGUGGGGCUCUGGGGGUGGGGGGCGGUUAGGCCCGGAGAAGCCCCCGGAAGCCCUAGACUCCCCCUCGGGCCUCCUUUGUACUCCUUGUACUCUGAGCUGUGAGUAUUUUUAACCCUGUACAUAGGGCAGCUCUUGUAACGCAGAGACUAUUUUAUCAGUUGUCAGCACCAUCCCUGUAGGAUGUCUCCAUGGGUGUUUCCAGACUCAGGCUGCGACGGACCAAAUAAAAAUGUUUUGUUUUGUA